AUGGCGCCGGGCUCUCUGGUGGCGGCCUGCCGCAGUCUGGCCCUCUCUACGUGGCUGCUCUCUUUCUGCUUCGUCCACCUGCUGUGUCUGGACUUCACCGUGGCCGAGCGGGAGGAGUGGUACACCGCCUUCGUCAACAUCACCUACAUGGACCCGGCCACCUCCGAGGUGCGCACCGAGAAGACCGAAUGCGGCCGCUACGGGGAGCACUCCCCGAAGCGGGACGCCAAGGGGGUGGUGGUGCUGCCCGCCUCCCCUCUCGACCGGCAGGCCUGUGACCCCCACACCCGGUUCGUGGUGCCCUCGCAGGCCGCGGCCGGCUGGAUAGCGCUGAUAGCCCAUGGGAACUGCACAACCAAGGACAAAAUCCGCCAUGCUGCCGCCCACAACGCCUCGGCGGUGGUCAUCUUCAACGUGGGCUCCACCAACCCCAACGACACCAUCACCAUGCGCCAUCAAGGUACAGGCGAGGUGGUCGUCAUCAUGAUCCCGGAGCCGAAGGGUCGGGAGGUCGUGUCGCUGCUGGAGCGCAACGUCACGGUUACCAUGACGAUCACCAUCGGCACCAGGAACCUGCAGAAGUACGUGAGCAGGACGUCGGUGGUGUUCGUCUCCAUCUCCUUCAUCGUGCUGAUGAUCAUCUCCCUGGCCUGGCUCGUCUUCUACUACAUCCAGAGGUUCAGAUACGCCAACGCGCGCGACAGGAACCAGCGUCGUCUUGGCGACGCGGCGAAGAAGGCCAUCAGCAAACUUCAGGUCCGCACCAUCAGGAAGGGCGACCAGGAGACGGAGGCCGACUUCGACAACUGCGCCGUCUGCAUCGAAGGCUACAGGCCCAACGACGUGGUCCGCAUCCUGCCCUGCAGGCAUCUGUUCCAUAAGAGCUGCGUGGAUCCGUGGCUGCUGGACCAUCGUACGUGUCCGAUGUGUAAGAUGAACAUCCUGAAGGCCCUGGGCAUCGCUCUGAACGCCGACUGCCUGGACGACCUCCCGCUGGACUACGACCUGGCGCUGGGCGGCGGCGUGGGGAUUGGGGGAGUCGGCGCCCUGGCGCUGGAGGCCGGGGCGUCCAGCGACGGGACGCUGAGCGAGGGCGGGUCCUCGGUGGUUCUGGACCCCGGCGUCAGGCGGGUCGGGCUCCCGCAGGACUACCAGGACCCCGACCUGCUCAGAGACAGCCCCGUGACGGCCACCACCGACACACACACAGGUGAGCUGCAGCCAAUGGCGAGCAGCGCCUCUGUGGCGUCGCUGGUCAUCGCCGUGGAAACCGGCCUGUCGGACGAGGAGGGGUCCAUGGAUCGACCUCAUCUGGGUGCCAAGUCCUGAGAACAGCCCAGCAGAACAGAGCCAGAACCAGGCCAAAAUAAACAAGACCUCAUUGAGCCAGAAGGUCCAGAGAGACUAGAACCAUCUGACGUAAACGUGCUAACAGCCUGGUUCUGGAUCGGGUCCGUCUGGUCCAGAACCACGAGACUCGACUGGGUUUGGAUUCUUGGAGCUCAAAGGAAGCGGACGUGUUUCAGAUUUCACCUUCGAUCGUUCUUGGUUCUCUUCAUCCCGACUCCGCCUGGUUCCGUCCCCAGAUGAUCCAGUUGGUUCUGUCAGCAGAACCAAAUUAUUCCUGACAGAACUCAUCCGUCUGGUUUCUCCAGAGUUCUCUUUCACAACGAGUCUCUCCUUGCUCUGGUUCUGGUUCUCCAGAUUCGGACCUCCUCUCUCUGACGUUUUGUAUCGUCUGACUGAAAGACUUUGAUCUGAACCGGACUCUGAUCGACCCGGCAGUAUUACUCCUGCAGUAUUGAAGACCCGCCUCCCCCGUUCGGGUCGGUUGGCUCCUUGACCUCUGAACUUUCCCGAGUUUCGGUUUCAGUUCUUCCUCUGUCGUUUCUGGAGCGAAGCAGGAAUCAACAAAGUUUAUUUAAACCGUGAAGCACAGAUGAGAGGAGGAAGAUGAUGAAGAUGCUGCCUGGAUCUCUGAAUCGGUACCAGAACCGAACCUGGAGCCAAACGUUGAGUUUCUAAACCACGCGAGAGCGAAAUCAACUCUUCAUCUCCUUUAAGCUUCGGUUUCCGUCACAGGAACUCUCUGUGCUUUUGGACCACAGCGGGUUUCCUGUCGGGUUUAGGUUUCUUCUCAGGCUGCAGAGUUUUUAUUGAUCAAUAAAUUAAUUGGAAAUUCCUCGUAGAACCCGUUUGACGUCCUGUUGGACCACAGAGCACUUCCUGUAGUUUCUGGAGGAAAUUACACCUCGUUUUGUUCAAACUAGUUCUUUACUAUUUGGAUAUUCAAAUAAUUAAUCAAACAUUUGUUCAGAACUCUGAUUGAUCUGAGCCGUUUCUGAUCAUCCCCAUCGGCUCCUCUGAAGCUUCAUUUACGUUAAUUAAACAUAAAAACAUUAAAUCUGCAUCAAACCGAUAACUUGGAGGCUAAAGCUGAUAAAUUACCUGAUAUUUAUGAUGCGUUUCUGAUGUCAUGCAGCCCUCUCGUUGAUGAAGUCGGUCUAAAAUAUAACUAUAUCUGAUCAGAAAUUAAUUUGUAAAACGUAAAAGACGCUCAGAUUGUUGGCAAAAUGUCAAAAUUCAUCAAAUUCACAUUGAGAAUAAUCUAUAAUCUGUUGGGUUUUAGCACAAAGGAACCCGAUAUGAACUGGUUAAAUGUAGUUCGUUGAUUUAAAGGUUCCAGUUCCGAUAAAUUAAAUCAGUUUCGCGAUAAAUGAAAGUUUUUGAGAUUUUCUUGUGAAUCUUUUCAUGUUUUUAUCUUCGAUGGUUCAAACCGGCUGCAGCUUGGAGGAUUAAAACAGCGGUGAGAACUUUUAAUAGAUUGCUCUCAACGGCCUCUUUAAUCCCGUCUCGGGUUUGUUUUUAGCUUAAUGCUAACGUCGCUCUGACUGUCGGGGUAAUUUAGCGGUACCUCUCCAGAACCGUGUGGUCCGAAAGCACCUUCAGCGUUGCCUUGCUCCUCCUCCUCAACGCGCCUGCGCCGUCAUCCUGCUGCCUUUUUCUACCUUUCACUCCUGACAAUCCGCCGGUCUGCACCGCCACCGCGUUAAUCCCCCCAGAAACACGGACUGCGAGUGAAAGGUUCCCGGUUCUGCCUGGACCCCGUUCCUCGUCCUGUAAAUAUGAAACGGGUCCACUUCGCUGUUUGCUCGCUCCGGACGUUUUCGACGAGGAAGAAAAAGAUUGUCGUCUAUUUUGAUACCAGAGGAGACGUUUAUUUUUGUAACGAAGCAGCAGAGACUGAUUUAUCGGCGCCGUCCGACCCGCCGGCAGCCCGGAUGGUUCUGAUCGGGCUGGUUUAGAUGUUCAGUAUUUGUGUAAUUGUACAUAAAAGCUUGUUGCUGUUUUUAUUUCCAGAGCUUGUUUGGUUGAAACCUGGGAGGACUGAGCUGGAUGGAAACGAAGAAGCGGAAAUGAACAGUUUCCUCUGGUGUUGCUCUUCUGUUUCCGGUGGGUCCAGUUUCCCCUCACACUCUUUCUGGACUUCUUUCUUUGCUUCAGCAGGUUCCCGUUGUAAACACUAAGUAAUUUAUACUCUGUAAAAUCGGAGAGCUCGUAAGAAAUGACGAAUUUGUACGGAUUGUCUUGGACAAUUUUCAGUGAGAAAUGUUUUAAUUAAAGUCACCUGCUUUGUGUUGUGAGUUU